AUGUUUAUAUAUCGUCUAUCGCAAAACUUGCAGUUUAAGUCACCCUUGACGGCAUUUUGUCGCCUUCCGCCUUAUAAACACGUAAAAUCCAAGCAAUGGGAAUCGCGGUGUAUUUCAUUCUGGCAGCCUGUCAGUAGUGCCCCGGCUAAACUGGAUUCCGGAGCUUCGAAUGUCGACUUGUACCCGAAGGUUGAGGGCGAAAAAUCGAUGGUCACCAAGCUUUGGCAGAGCAUCAAGCGAGUGGCCCGCAUCGAAGAGGGAGACCCAGACGAGCAGAUCACCGAAUACUUUCAGUACUCUGUGGAGUGUCUCAUGCGACAGCCUGGAGAGUUCACAUUUGACAAGUUUGCGACCUAUUUGGAGGUAAUGCAACGUACAUCAUUUAUAAAUGUGACACAGGAAAUAUGCACAAAAUUGCGACUCAUUGGCAAACGGCCCAUUCCCGACGAAGAACUGAAUGGCCCUUUGAGACAGCUAAAGUUGCAACGUAAGUUGGCAAUCAACGAAAUGAUGAAGUUUUUGACACCCAGGGAAAAGGAGUCCGACUCGGCGACAGUAUUCAGCCAUCAGGCAAAGUUGUUGUUGGCUGAAUCAGUGAAGGUGUGUUAUACCACUCCCGCAGACAACGAAAUGGGUAUAUGUCCUAAUAACUCAUUACAGUGCACGCUGAAGGAUGUGGACGACAUGCUGUACCACCACGACAUUUGCAAGACAGAUAGGAGUUGGUACUUUCGGCGCAUAGUAUUGGGGCGUCACUUGCCCAUGAGUUACGAGGAGCGUGAGCACCUUUCCUACCAACGCCCAGUUGUUCGCGAGGCUGCACAGCUGUAUCCUGAAACCAGCUCACUAGAAGCCCUGAAGCUGAAGGAAAUGCGUGACUCUAUCCACUAUCGCAAGCCUCCGUAG